UGUAAUAAUCGAUAAUCGCCUCUUAAUACUUGGCGGUUUUACAAAUACAACUGGAUCAUAUGAAUUAUUCUAUUUAAAUUUAUUAAAACCAUUUGAUAAUAAUAACUUAACGUGGACUUUAAUUCCUGAUGGAAAUCUUACUGUAUAUGUAUAUCGGUCAACUUCUAUUUUAAGUAUGGACAAUUCUACAAUUUAUUUAAUCGGAGGAGUCAAGACGAAUCAAAAUGGAUAUUAUGAUUUUUCCAAACCAUUCUACACAUAUAAUUAUUCUAUUAAUAAAUGGGAUGCACCAAAAAUUAUUGGUAAUGAAGUUCCUAUUAGACAGAGUAUAGAAGGA